GACCUGUUCUUUCUGAGCAACUGGCAAAAUGGUCAAUCUUGUUCAACAAAUUUGAAAUCUUGUACGUCCCGCGAAAAGCAGUCAAAGGGCAAGCCCUCGUUGAUUUCUUAGCUGAUCAUCCAAUACCAGCUGAUUGGGAAUUUCUGAAGACUUUCCUGACGAGGAGGUGUUCUUUGUUGAUGUCCUUCUACCAUGGAUAAUAUUUUUUGAUGGUGCAGCAUGGUCCGAAGGAGUAGGGGCAGACGUGGUGUUCGUUUCUCCACAAAGACAAAUUUUGCCAUAUGCUUUUUCGUUUCUUGAAAAAUGCUCAAAUAAUAUGGCGGAGUAUCAAGCCUUGAUAAUUGGUCUCCAAAUGGCAAAUGAAAUGAAGAUUUCAAACAUUGAAGUUUAUGGUGACUCCAAGUUAGUAACGAAUAUGAAAUCAAGAAGGAUAACUUGAUUCUAUGUUUUCAGUACGCUUCCAAUCUACUCAGUAGAUUUGACAACGUGGUCUUAGAACAUGUCCUAAGGGAAGAAAAUCACUUAGCAGAUGCUUUAGCUAACUUAGCCACAACAAUAGCAUUGGGAGAAGCUGAGGCAAUUACCGUUCCAGUAUGCCAACAGUGGGUAUUGCCGCAGUUGCUUGAGGGCCAGUUGGAAGAAACAAAUGAAAUCUCUGUUCGGAUCAUAGAAACUAAAGACUGGAGACGACCCAUCAUAGACUACUUGGAACACGGGAAGCUUCCUGUAGAUCCUCGACAUAGAACCGAGGUACACCGAAGAACACCUCGAUUUAUCUUUUACAAAGAUACAUUGUUUCGGCGCUCAUAUGAAGGUCUUUUUCUUCGUUGUCUCGGAGAAGAUGAAGUAACUUAAGCAAUGGUGGAAGCACACUCGGGGGUCUGCGGGGCUCAACAGUCAGGUCCUAAGCUCCACUUCCGAGUAAAAAGAAUAGGAUACUACUGGCCAACUAUGGUUAAAGAUUGCAUGGAUUACGUAAAAAGGUGUCAGGCUUGUCAAUUCCAUGCCAAUUUCAUCCACCAACCACCUGAAAUCUUACAUCCUACGGUUGCAUCUUGGCCAUUUGAUGCAUGGGAAUUAGACGUGGUCGGACCCUUUUUGAAAUCUUCUAAGGGUCAUAUAUAUAUCCUUGUUGUGACAUAUUACUUCUCGAAAUGGGUCGAGGCAAUCCUGAUCAAGCAACAAAUAAAGAAACUGUGGUGGACUUCAUUAAAACUAAUAUCAUCUUUCGAUAUGGCGUGCCCCAUCACAUUAUCACUGAUAAUGGGUUACCUUUCAAAAACAAGUUGAUGAGUGACUUAUGUGAAAAGUUUGGUUUUAAACAACACAAGUCUUUUAUGUACAAUGCGCCAGCAAAUGGACUGGCGGAAGCUUUUAAUAAGACUCUUUGCAAUCUGUUGAAGAAAGUAGUCUCCAAGUCUAAAAAGGACUAGCAUGAAAGAAUUGGGGAAGCUCUGUGGGCAUACCGAACAACAUAUCGUACCCCCACUCAAGCAACGCCUUAUUCGCUUGUAUAUGGUAUUGAAGCGGUUCUACCGCUCGAGCAACAGAUCCCUUCAUUAAGGAUUGCUAUCCAAAAGGGGCUAACAAAUGAAGAGAAUGCACAACUUCGUCUUCAAGAGUUGUAGGCAUUAGAUGAAAGAAGACUUGAAGCUCAACAACGAUUAGAGUGUUAUCAAGCUCAGCUCUCAAGCGCCUUCAACAAGAAGGUCUGUCCUCGAUCUUUUCAAGUUGGUGACCUAAUACUCACUGUACGAAGACCCAUAAUCAUGCCCUGUCGAAUGGAUAAGAAAUUCAACUCUAAGUGGGAUGGACCGUAUGUGGUGCAAGAAGUCUACCCCAAUGGCGCCUACAAGAUCAUCGAUGAAGAUGGCGUAAGGGUUGGUCCAAUCAACGCCAAGUUCUUGAAGCGAUAUUAUCCAUAAGAAGGAUAGCUAUUCCUGGCCCGCAUAAGCUAAAACUGUGUACGGCGCGAAAAAAAAUAAAAAAAUAAAAAAAAAUUCAAUUAUUUCCUACCGAACUACGUCAUUGACUUGAUCCCUGUAAGGGUACGUAUGCAGCUUGGAGGUUUGUUCCAAGUUCAGUCAUCUAUCUAAAAAAAAAAAUCUUUGUAUUACUCCUGGCCCGUAAGAGUUUAAACUGUGAAUGACGGAAUAAAACUCUUGAUGCUUUUAUUAAUCAAAAUGAAAAUGAGUAAGAGUUUACUCAAAUACAUAGAGAAACAAAGGAGAACAAUAAAAAAAAAUAAAUAAAUAAAUUGAUAUCAAGGUAACUAAUGAAGGUUUUGCAUCUCUUGUUGCUCAUUCUCCAACUUCUCCAAGGUACUUACAACCCUAAUAUCAGCAUCCGUCAUAAUAUGGGCUUCUUCAAGUGCAUUUCGUUCGCCUCUAAGGUUCAUGAUGGCAUUUUUCCUCUGAAGUAUUCGCAAGUUAAUCUCUUCAAUUGAAGUUCUGGUUGCCUCAACCCGAGUCUGCAAACGUUUAAUCUCAUUUUCAUCAUUUGUGAGAUCUCGUUGGAGUGAUUGAGCCUGUCUUGCAUCCUCUUCAUCCGAGGCGAGGACCUCACUAAGGCGGGAAUCAAUAUGGGAUAGUUGUUGAACGCGUGCACCCUCAGUUAGAGCAUCAGCAUACUUAGACCGAACUUUAUUAUAUUCUGUAACACUCUGAAGGUAUGCAUCAAUCCUUUUUCGAAGCUAAGAUGAGUCCACAAAUUGUGCAGAUAAUGCAUUGAAAACCUGAUCAAGUUUUGGCGCAAGUAAUGAAAUCUUCGAGAAUGGAGUCAUUUCUAUCAUUUUCUUGAGGUUGUUCCCCAACGAUAAGGCAGCCGUACGUCUGGCUUCAGAGAGCAUACCAUCCACGUCAAAAGUAAUUGCUUCAGAGCACGCAGCUUGGCAUGAUGCUUGAGCACACAUAAAGUGUUGCUUUUUGGCCAAUGAUCCAAUAACAGUUACAGGUGCCUCAUCUUUAUUUGUAGCAGCAUUCAAUGGUGAUUGGCUAUGACCCUCCUGCUUAACUAACAAGGCUUGGGAGAGAAAGCUCCUCCGCUGAGAUCCUUUGUCUUGGCAAUGAUGAUUGUCUACAUCUAAAUUGAUCUGAUCAUUCCCCUUUCUGACUGCUAAGUCUAAAGCAGAAGGACCCAGAACGGAUUCGUCACCAACAAAAUAUCUUACUGCGAAAGCAGCUUCCUUUUGCAUCACUUCGUCAUUGCCUUCCACCUUUUGCAAAUGAGAAAAUAAGAUGAGGAUAAAUAAUAAAAUAAAAUAAAAAGAGAAGAACUUCUCAUUGAGCUACAACGGUUAUGUCUUGUUGAUUUUCAACCUGAAUUGGCAUUGAAGUACUAGGGACGCCAUCAAAGAAAUUCAUCAUAUUUGGAAAGGGGUUCUCUGCGGAAGAAGAGUGUUCACCCUCACGUACUGCAUGUUUCCAGUUGCGAUCAUCAUCUUCUACCCUCCCCACGUUUCGGCUUACCUUGGUUCGAGGAUGGUGUCAUAUGUCAGGGAGGUCAUUUCUACUAUGGAGAGACGCAGAAGCUCCUGCUAAAUGAUGCUUAUCAGAUAUAUCUAAUACGUGUUCCUCAGUUGUGUUCCUUCUGCACUUGCUCGGCUUCCUUUUUGGAGAUGCACGACGCUUAUUCUGUCUGGAAUUAUUGGCCUUACCAAUGUAGGAAUCUACAUGUACCUUAAACCACCAAGUAGCGUACUCCUUGGUAACUGAAAGAUGCUGGAGGUUAGUGCGUUCCGGGAGUAGUAUAGAAGACCGAGUCCUAUACCGAGUGAAGGAUAACCAGUGUUGCAUAACAUCUGCCGUGCUACCAGUGCGCACAUCAUUUUUUAACUUUCCAGGAAGGUCUUGGUGAAAUCUAAACUGUCUGCAAAAUCUGUGAGGACUGUAAGGUUCUUUGAUGUGAUGAUCUCCCCUUCGCAAAGUCAGAUAUCCAGAACGGAGACUAGCAAAAUACUCGAAAUCCAGAAUGCUAAUAUCAUUAUCAUCAACUAAGGUUUUCCUUUCUGCUAUUUCCUUGGCUAAAUGAUGCAUAACCACGUAUUCACAUGAUUUAAUCAAAAAUUGUGCCUCGGACUCCUCAAAGUUUUUUGCUAAUACUUCCCCAGAAUAUUUAGCCAUAUGAGGUGUGGUUGGAGCAUUCAAGGGGCAAAAGUGAGUCUUAAAAUAUUCACCCAACCACCCAUAGACAUAGUGAACAAGGAAUACCAUAGUAGUGUUCCCGGGAUCAGAAGAGUUAACAAUCUCAUUCAAACCUCGAUAAAUGCUAGCUAAGACGGGAACAGAAAGACAAAACUCAUUCCCAUAUGCCAUCAUGCUCGCAAUCUUGAGCACCCCAAGACGAAUCAUGCCAGCAGGUAUAGCAGGUAGGACAAAUCUACAUAACCAACAAGCUAAAAAGGCAGCUAAGUAAGUCUUCUCUCGGGUUUCAGGGCCCACUCCAAGACUAGAGAAAUUUCCUCUCCUUGAGAUGACCGUUUUUUAAUGGGUCCAAUGGCUCCGGUAGGAUUAUGCGUCUCUCGAGGUCGUUGGUGUAGGUUCGUAUCUGUGUUGGAAAAAAUCACUAGAAAGAAGAAAAAGACUGACAACCGUAAUUUAGAGGUACAUACCCUUAGCCUUAGCAUGUAUGUAUUUAGCUUUAUGUGCGUAGUUUUACUCUGUUAUGUUUAUCAUUUUAUCUCUGUUGUCAUUAUACAAUUUUUCAACAUCAAACUCCUCAUAUUGUGUUAUAUAGAAUUCCAAUGGUGGCGUUGUUGCCAAAGUGGUAGGUUGCAGUGCUGGUAUUACCACCCCUUCAUAUAUUUUACACAAUGGUGCUGAAAUUCCAUCACACAUAUUCAUGUCUGAAGAAUUUGAUAGGGCAGGACCUUCAACACAACCCCAGGAAUAUGAUAAUAGCCCCUGUACAGCUUAUUUUGGUGAACCCAUGACUCCAUUAAGUAACCUGUUUGCAAGUGAACCAGUAAUGACCCCAUCAGCUUAUGAAGAACCAUUCACGUUGAAACUGGGCCGGAAUGUGGGUAUAUUCAGGAAGUUGGCAGAUGCGAAGGCACAGACACGAUGGUAUCAUAAUGCGAAGUAUUAUCCUUAUACUAGUCAUGCAGAUGUUGUUGAUGCUGAAGUAGUACAAAAUAUUCAACCUGAUGCAGUCCGUCCAAUUCCACAGGUGUCUCAAGCUGAAUGGCAACCGAAACAGCUUAUUAAGUAUGAGGAGUUAACAAAUGCGAGGAGUGUAAUUGUUGCAGAGUGUAGACAAGUAGGUCAACCCAUUCCAAGACCACGUUCACUUGAAAUGAAGCUGGCAGGUACAUCAGAUAUGUAUUCCAUCAUUGCUCAGAUUAACAGUGAAAUCCGUCAACUUUAACUGAGAUGGCGUAAGGUGGAAAAAGUGAAUGAAGCUAAACAAACAUAUGAGGAUCCAGCUGAACAAAUUGCCUCCAUUUUGAAUGACCCAGAUCAGAAAUCAGAUUCUGAUUUGUCAGAUUUUUUUAACCCCGGAAAUGAUGACUUUGUAAUUCCACCUCCAAGAUAUGGUAGAAAGAAAUAAUGUAAGUGGUGUAAGAAAUAUUAUUUCUGAAGUUGUACCUUUAUUGUAAUAAUUAUUUUCUAAUUAAUUUACUGGGAAUAACAUCAAAACGA